AUGAAGGUUAUAGAAGUGGAUCGAUGCCAGAUCCAGGAGUGGUACCGAAAGUUCAAGUCAGUCUCCAUCCCAACCAUCAUUCACCAACUUCCUCAAUCGUUCAUCGACUACCUACUCGACUCAGGAACCCUACAACUUCCUCUUUCCAUAUCAAACGAAGACGCUCUCCCAAACAGAGUUCACAACCUCAUCGACGAACUGGAUUGCCAACUAACAGAAAAAUCUGACGACGAAGAUGAAGAAUCAGAGCAAUCCACCUCAUCACCCCCACCUUCUUUCCCAGACCUUGAGCUCCAGAUCAAGAAAUCGAUCGAAGCACUUGGAGGUGCAGUUUUUCCCAAGCUGAACUGGAGUUCCCCCAAAGAUGCAGCUUGGAUCAGCUCAUCGAGAAACCUCCGAUGUACUUCAUUCAGUGAGAUAGCACUCUUACUCAAGUCGUCCGAUUCCUUGGUCCAUGAUCUGGGCCAUGCCUAUGAUUCAUGCUGUGAUAAAAAAGAAUCAUCCAGACCCUCAAGUUUCUACAUCGCACUCCGGAAGUGGUACUCUUCGAUUUUGCCAGAGAGAGAGUUCCGGUGCUUCGUACGUGGUCAGCAGCUGGUGGGUAUCUCGCAGCGUGAGGUCACCACGUGCUAUCCUUUGAUUCUGGCAGAGAGAGGAGGGAUUCAGGAUCUGAUUGUGGGGUUCUUCAAGGACCGGGUGCGGAUGAAGUUUGAAUCGGAUGAUUACACGUUCGAUGUGUACGUGACAAACGAUGGUCGGGUUAAGGUUUUGGAUUUUAACCCAUGGGCGGAGUUUACGCUGCCACUGCUGUUUACGUGGGACGAACUGGAAGGAUUCAACGGGGAAGAAAAGCAGGAGGAUGUGGAGUUGAGGGUUGUGGAGAGACGGUGUGGGAUACGGCCUGGUCUGAAAACUGCUGUUCCACGAGAGUUCUUGGAGGCAGGGCCGGGUAGUGGAUGGGAGCAGGUGUUGACGAAAGCAUUUGAGGAGUUGCAGCAGCAGCAGCAGCAGCAGGAGACAUCAGAUGAUGAUCAUUGA